GUCAGAGGAACCAUGAGGAACCACACCACUGUCACCGAGUUUGUCCUGCUGGGGCUCUCAGAUGCCUGUGAGCUGCAGAUGCUCAUCUUCCUGGGGCUGCUCCUGACCUACCUCCUCACUCUGCUGGGGAAUCUCCUCAUCGUGGGCAUCACCCUCCUGGACAGGCGCCUCCACACUCCCAUGUACUACUUCCUCCGCAACUUUGCUGUCCUGGAGAUCUGGUUCACCUCGGUCAUCUUCCCCAAGAUGCUGACCAACAUCCUGACUGGAUACAGGACCAUCUCUCUCCCAGGCUGUUUCCUACAAAGUUUCCUCUAUUUCUUUCUGGGCACCACAGAGUUCUUCCUACUAGCGGUGAUGUCCUUUGACAGGUAUGUAGCCAUAUGUAACCCCUUGCGUUAUGCCACCAUCAUGAGCAAAAGGGUCUGUGUGCAGCUGGUUCUUUGUUCAUGGAUGGCAGGAUUCCUUCUCAUAGUCUUUCCAAGUUUCAUCGUACUUCAGCAGCCAUUUUGUGGCCCCAAUGUCAUUAAUCAUUUCUUCUGUGACAGCUUUCCACUCCUGGAACUCAUAU